AUGGCAGAUAACUCUCAGAGAAUGAGCUACAAUGCUGGUGAGGCCAAGGGCCAGGCUGAGAUAAAGAAGGAUCAAAUGGUGGACAAGGCAUCCGGGGAUAUGCAAUCUGCAAAGGAAUCGUGCCAACAGGCCGGUCAGCAAAUGAAGGAAAAGGCACAAGGAGCUGCUGAUUCUGUGAAAGAAGCAACUGGAAUGAAGAAAUAA